UUCCUCGGAGCAAGAACUGCGAAAGUGGAGUGUCAGAAAAUACAGACUGACCACUGUUGAGUUGAGUAAAUUCCGAGCGACAAUAGUUACAAUGCGCUGUAAUCUAAUAUGUUUAGUCCUGUUGAUUGGACCGUAUAUCCACAUAUCUACUGGGCUGCAGUGUCACUGCCAGUGGUGCUCCAACAGCACGUGUCACACGGACGGCCUGUGCUUCACCUCCCUGGUGCACCUGGAGGGCCGCGUGGUGUCCCAGAAUGCCAUGUGCAUCCCGGAGGCGGAGCUGUUCCCCAAGGGGCGGCCCUUCGUGUGCGCCCACUCCAAGAGGGACAACCGCGAGGUCAUCCCCGUGUGCUGCGACACGGACAUGUGUAACCGUGACCCCGACCCCGACGACUACCCCAUGCCGACAGAGCAGACCCCGCCCCUGAGCCCGGUGACGCUGGCGGCGGUGAUCGCGGGCCCCGUGUGCGUGCUGUGCCUGGUGCUGCUGCUGGUGGUGUAUGUGUGUCACAGCCGGGCGCUGCUGCACCACCGCGUGCCCAGCCAGGAGGACCCCGCCCUGGAUCACCCCUUCCUGGCCGACGGCUCCACCCUCAAAGACCUCAUCUACGACAUGACCACCUCCGGAUCAGGCUCAGGCCUGCCCCUGCUGGUGCAGAGGACCAUCGCCAGAACCAUCAUCCUGCAGGAGAGCAUCGGGAAGGGCCGCUUCGGCGAGGUGUGGCGGGGCCGCUGGCGUGGCGAGGAGGUGGCCGUGAAGAUCUUCUCGUCGCGGGAGGAGCGCUCCUGGUUCCGCGAGGCCGAGAUCUACCAGACGGUCAUGCUGCGUCACGAGAACAUCCUGGGCUUCAUCGCCGCCGACAACAAAGAUAACGGCACUUGGACCCAGUUGUGGCUGGUGUCAGACUACCACGAGCACGGCUCUCUGUUUGACUACCUGAACCGCUACACGGUGACGGUGGAGGGCAUGAUCAAGCUGUCCUUGUCCACCGCCAGCGGCCUGGCCCACCUGCACAUGGAGAUCGUCGGCACGCAAGGUAAGCCAGCGAUCGCCCACAGAGACCUCAAGUCCAAGAACAUCCUGGUGAAGAAGAAUGGCACCUGCUGCAUCGCUGACCUGGGAUUGGCUGUCCGCCACGACUCGGCCACCGACACCAUCGACAUCGCACCCAAUCACAGAGUAGGAACCAAGAGGUACAUGGCUCCAGAGGUGCUGGACGACUCCAUCAACAUGAAGCAUUUUGAGUCCUUCAAGAGGGCCGACAUCUACGCCAUGGGCCUGGUCUUCUGGGAGAUAGCACGACGCUGCUCCAUAGGAGGUAUCCAUGAGGACUACCAGCUUCCCUACUACGACCUGGUCCAAUCAGAUCCCUCGGUGGAGGAGAUGAGGAGGGUGGUGUGUGACCAGAAGCUGAGAGCAAACAUCCCCAACAGGUGGCAGAGCUGUGAGGUUCUGCGUGUGAUGGCCAAGAUCAUGAGGGAGUGUUGGUACGCCAACGGCGCCGCCCGCCUCACCGCGCUGCGCAUCAAGAAGUCCCUGUCUCAACUCAGCCAGCAGGAGGGCAUCAAGAUGUAGACCACGCCUCACUUCCUGCCCCUCUCUCUCCCCCCCCGUCCCUCCUCCUUCAGAGGACGGAGAGGAGGAUGGUGGAGGUGGUCUCUGUCUGGAGCUUCCCCCCUCCUCCUCCUCCUCCUCCUCCAGAACAACUGCUCACCUAACAGGAGCAGCUAUCCAGACAUGCAAGCCCUGGGUCAGCCAGGUCUUAACCCACAGGACCUGGUCCCCAAGACUGGAGAGGACAACUUGGUAGGGAUAUGGGGGCUGGGUCUCGCUCUGAGACAUUCCUUCUGGAUUUUUUGCUUUUCAUUUUUAACCCUAUGGGUCCACGCCCAAGUCCUUAACCCCCUCCCCCCACCCACCAAUAUCUGACCCCACCCCUACCUCCCAAUGGUAAGGAAUUCUUCCCUUUUCAGAAUACCUCUCCAGUGGUAUUUGCAUCAACACUUGGACCGGCAAUAUCUUUUAAACAGGGUUUUAAUCCAAACUGAAAACGGUCUCUACUCAUGCAUUUUUUCAUUCCUUUAAAAAAAAAUAUAUAUAUAUAUAUAUAUCCUGUAACGAACAUAGUUUCAUUUUUACAGAUGCCUGAUCUAUAGCGUGUUUAGUUUUUCUGUCAAAACAAGACAGACCAGGACCUCAUUCAGCCUUGUCAAAUAUGCAGUCAAAUUUCGCAAUAUUUACUUUAUUGCUAUGUAUAUAUACGUUUCUAUAAGUGUGUGUGUGUGUGUUUGUAUAUAUGAGUAUUUUGUAUAUAAUUGAUGUGUGAUCAAACGUAUAUGUAUGUCCUUUUUUGUUCACACACCUAAGCUGAGAGAUGUAUACCUCUGCUGUAUAUACUCUGUUGUUCUAUAUGGUGAAUGUUCUUUCCACCAUACUGUUUAGGAGUAUGUAUCCAUACAUACGCAGCCUUACAGGAAGCUGAUAGACCUACAUGUAUACCUCUAUAUUUAAUACCAGACGCCUCAUUGGGCUCUUAGAGAAGAGCGCGAGGUGCUGCAAAUUCAUCUGCCGCUCUGAACUCUUUUGCUGUGUGCACAUUGCAUACUCUACUGGUGGAAAUAGCCUUAGUAUCUCCCUGACUCCUCAGGAAAGAGACACUCGUGUGCUCGCUAGGAGAAGGAUGCAGGGGAGGUCUUUGUUGCCACGGAACCGAUGAUCUGAACCCUGAAUUCGGGGUUCACUCUGGUGUUGCCUGGGCAAUGAAAGUCUAGAGGGAAAAUAUAUUAUGAUUGAGGCUUUUAUUGUGAAGGAGGUUGUACAUAACCAUUCAAGGCUUUCCUUGUGAAGGAUGUUGUAUCAAACCAUUGUUAUGUUUAGGCUUUUAUUAUGAAGGAGCAUUUAUAAUACAUAUCCAUAGUUAUGCUUUGGGGCUUUUGAUAUACGGCCUUUUAUUUGUUUGAGGGAAUUUUUCAUAAUAUUUUUUAUUCUGAAGAUACAUGGAGCCCUUUUGAAUUGAAUACAUAUAUGUAUGAAAGACUGAUGUUGUUAUUGCUUGUACCGUUAUAUAUUAUUUUGCUGCUAACUAGAUAGCUGGACAUGCACACGCUGUCCUCUCGUGGCCUCUCUACUUAUUACUGUCUUAAUUUGUAGGCUAGGACGGAGAGCGCUAACCAAGCAUUAGCUUUUCUGUACGUUAGCGAUUGAAAACGCACAGCAACGUCUCUCUUUAGCAAUAAGUGCCCUUGUGUGUCACGUGGUGAUUGUGGUUGAUUUAUGGCGGUUAGGCUCUGUGGCAUGCGCUCUGUACAGACCGCAUAUCAGACAAAGCUGAGAGAAAUGGAUAGUAUGGAUACAACUAUGGUGAUGGGAAUGGCGAUAUAACUAUCCCACAGUCAGCACAGUGAUAUCGUGUUAGUCUAAAAGUGCCAUAAAAAGACAUCCAGGCUUUUCAUCUACUUUCCAUCUACUUUUGCGAGGUUUCUAUUUUACAAAACAAAAAUCUUUCAAGCAACCAAAAUUGACCUGCGAGAGUGCCAUGUUAAGACUGAAGUACAUUUCUUAAGUAUUAGAUUUUGUUUCAAAACAGAAGGGUUUCCAGCAGGCUGUGUUCAGAAAUGAUGGUAGCCACUGGAAAACGAGGGAUUGUUUAGUUUGUCGUGUUUGUUUCGAGUUGAGAGCGAGGCGAAGAUAGAUAUUGCUGCUACUAAAACCAAAUGAAGUAUUACUUGUGGGUGAGAGAGAUGGAGAUAGAGGCAUCUCGUCUUCAGUGGAGAAACAAUGCAAAUUUGCCAGUGGUCUCCAACCCACUCACAGGAAGUUACCGUUUCUUCAGAGGGUUGGAGAGCAUUGGGCCAGGCGGUAUCCAGCCGAGUCGUCACAUGUCAACACCUCAUCUUAUCUGCUGCCUCUAGGAUCAUUCAGGUGCCCCAGUGACACUCCGACCCAUCACAGAUUGAGAAAACGGUUGUAAGCGGUCCUGUAUGGAGUAGUGGGCAGGUUAGCGUGGAGAGGCAGGAUCCAGGUCGAGAUAGCCUUAGAACUCCAACUAGCUCAGACACACCAGCUAGUCUGGCUGGGGUUAGCAACCGUGCAUAUUCUCCCCCUCCCCCCACCCUUUACAUCUUUACAAAAUAGUGUUUUAUAUCAAGUUGUUUCUGUUCCUUCCUGUUUGUUCUGUGCUUUGGAUGUCUUCUACUAUGCUAAGUGUAAGGUGCUGCAUACUUUUAUACAUGCAAUUCCAUCGUUAAAAAAAAAAAAAAAACGGACAUGUCUGUUUAGUGUGUCUGUGGGAAAAACCUUUGACCAGAUGUGUGUGUGUGUGUGUGUGCGCGUGUGUGAUCUUCAUCAUCGUGUGCAGCAGUCUGAAGCUGUUAGCACACACACCAUAGAGUGGGCCGUCACUCAGGGUGUUUAGUGCCAACAUCAUCAUCAGUGAUGUCACUUCCAGGACUUGGCCUGAAGGAUUAGCAGAGCUGCACUGGUUCGCAGUUCAGUUGGCUGUAGCGUUGAUGUCAUUGUACCGAGAGGGGGGGGGGGGGGGGAGAUGGGAGUCGAGUGUUUCCCCCUCAUUGGGGCACGCGUGUGGCAGGUCACGUAUGUACCAGGUCACGUGCCAUGCAGUGCAUGUCCAGCCCAGUGCGUUCAGAACCUUAUGGGUGUGUUCUGACAAUGCCUAUUGCUUGAACGUUCUAUAAAUGGAACCACAGACGCAAACAUGCUGUCACGUUUGAUCAUAUCAUGGAUUGUUGUUCUUCUGAAAAGGCAUGAAAGAUCUCCCUGGGUGGAGGCGAUGCGGUGUUUGUCCAUGAAGAGGUGUCAUGAAGGUGGACUUCAACAGAUCUGUGGUGUUUCUUUUGAUUUACCUCAAUGUACAUAGGAAUUAUUUUCUUUCUUUUUUUCCUUCCACUCUGACAUUCUGUUUCCUUCCGAGAUAUGAGAAAUGCACAUUUUUGUUCUGUGUGUGUCAGAGGUAGUCACUGUCUGGGAUUCCCCCGUAGGAAGGAAUCCUACUUUUCUAGGUUAUGUUGGACCGUCGUAUAUCUGGAAAAAAAAUGUGUUCCAAAAUUUGUUGAUGUUAUUUUUAAAGAAUGUUUUAUUUCUAAAUGAUGUACUGUCCGAGGUGACUUUUGGAUGGAGCGUCCUCCGAUCCCAACCCUGGCCCAUUCCUCCUUCUGGAAUGUUCCUGUAGAUCUGGAGAGGUUGGGUAGGUCUAAACAGCAUGGCUACAGAACCAUCCUGCCCUCUGGCUGGCCUGAUGAGACUGCAGCCAUCUUCUUCAGGUCUAUCCAUCCCCUCGUGAGAUCUUCACGUCUAGGGUCGGUAAGGGUGACGUAGGGUUGAUUCGAGUGCUUCUAAAGGAUCUGGUGAUGAAAGGGAGAAGGCCAGAAAGGGUUGGGAAGUUUGUCUAGACAGCAUUAGGAAGAGUGCAUUCUCCCUAUGUAAAGACCAUGUGCAUCCACUUGUGUAAUGUGUUUAAGAGAGUAUCAUAUCGGGAGUGAGAAGAGAUGAUUAUCUUGUGAAGUAAGGAAUUUUGUGAAUAAAUGUAUACACAUUUCUUUA